AUGGCAACUCCUGGGUUUGGUCUCCCUGAAGCAUACAUGGCGAGAAAAUUGUUCAUGGAAAAGAGGAAAAAAUGUGCACGAGAAGACGAAGAGAAAAGCACCCAAAUGAAGAUUUCUACAAUCAAAGGAGCUUCUGAAGGUAAAACUGCAAGUGGGUGUUUCUCGUGGCGUGGUCUACCUCAUGCUCAUCUGCUUCUCUUUUUGCACCAAAAUGACAAAUAUCCAAGCGCUGAUGAUAUUGAUAAAGUAAUAUCAGCUGAAAUUCCAUGCCCAAUUGGAAAUCCUAAACUAUAUGAAUGUGUGAAGGAUCAUAUGAUUCAUGGUCCUUGUGGAGUAGUAAAUAAAUCCCUUCCUUGCAUGAAGAAUGGUAAAUGCUCACGGUUUUAUCCUAAAAAAUUUCAGAGUAGUACAACUAUUUCAGAAGAUGGAUUUCCACAAUAUCGAAGAAGAGACAAUGAAGUCUGCGUGGUCAAGAAUCAUGUUUCUUUAGACAAUCGAUCUGUGGUUCCAUAUAAUCCUAAAUUGUUACUUAAAUAUGAAGGUCAUAUCAAUGUUGAAUGGUGCAACAAAAGUACUUCAAUUAAGUACUUAUUCAAAUACAUCAACAAGGGUUAUGACAGAAUUACAGCGGCUAUAGUUAAUAAUACCAAUGCAACUCAUCUUCAUCACCAGUCAGGAGAUGAAAUUAAACAAUAUCUUGAUUGUAGAUACAUAUCACCAUCUGAGGCAUGUUGGAGAAUAUUUUCAUUUCCUAUUCAUGGCAGGAAUCCAGCUGUUGAACGUUUAUUUUUCCAUCUUCCCGGAGAACAAUCAGUGUACUUUAAAGACGACGAGUUUAUUGAUGAAGUCAUAGGAAAAGCAACUGUAGCAGAAUCAAUGUUUACAAGUUGGAUGGAAUGUAAUAAAAAGUAUGAAUUGGCAAGAACUUUGACAUACCCAGAGAUUGUGUCAAAAUUUGUCUAUGUCAAGAAAGACAGAUGUUGGAAACCCAAGAAAAUAGGAAACACAAUUGGAAGACUUAUUUGGGUUCCACCAUCAACAGGUGAAUUAUACUAUCUAAGGAGGAUGCUCACUGUUGUCAAAGGUCCUUUAUGUUAUGAAGAUAUCAGAACGGUGGAUAAUAUAUUAUAUUCAACCUUUAGAGAAGCAUGUGAAACCUUGGGAUUUUUGGCAGAUGAUAAGGAAUAUGUAGAAGCAAUCACAGAAGCCAAAGAUUGGGGCAGUGGAAAUUAUCUAAGGAAACUUUUCGUGACAAUGCUAUUGUCCAAUAGUGUCAACAAACCACUAGAUCUAUGGGAAAAAACUUGGAAAUGGCUAUCUGAUGACAUAUUAUAUAGGGAAAGAAUAAAAGCUAGGAAUCCAGAACUGCAAUUAUCACUUCAUAUAUUGCGAAACUUGACGUUAUUCCAUAUUGAAGAGAUACUACAAACUAAUAGAAGAAGCCUAAAACAAUUCCCAACAAUGCCAUAUCCAGAUGGUUUUAUUAUAGCUCAAUGUGGGAACAUAUUGGUGUACUCAGAACUUGACUACAAUCCUGUCACCGAAGCAAAUCUAUUUCAGCAAAAUUAUGAUCGGAUGACAGGGGAACAAAAGGACAUAUUUCAAAAAGUUACUGAAGCUGUUAUUAAAAAUGUGAGAGGAAUGUUCUUUCUUUAUGGCUAUGGGGGUACAGGAAAGACUUUCAUGUGGAGAACUAUUUCUUCAACAUUGAGAUCUAAGAGAAAAAUUGUAUUAACUGUUGCAUCAAGUGGUAUAGCAUCUUUGUUGUUGCCAGGAGGAAGGACAUCACAUUCAAAGUUCAGAAUUCCAAUUCCAACCAUGGAAAACUCAAUUUGUAACAUAGAGCAGGGUUCUGAAGCUGCUGAGCUACUAAAAUUAGCUGACCUCAUUAUUUGGGAUGAAGCACCAAUGGCACACAAAUUUUGUUUCGAAACUCUAGACAGGACCUUAAAUGACAUAAUGAAAGACAAAAUGAAACCAAAUUUAGUAUUUGGAGGAAAGGUAGUAGUUUUUGGAGGUGAUUUCAGACAGAUAUUACCUGUCAUUCCUAGAGGAACUAGAUCAAACAUUGUACAUGCAACAAUCAAUGCUUCAUACCUAUGGCAGCAUUGUCAAGUUUUGACAUUGACAAAGAACAUGAGACUUCUACAACCAGGUUUACAAAGCACUUCAACAUGCGAAAUUCAGCAAUUCUCCGAUUGGAUUGUAAAACUAGGUGAUGGUAUCUUGUGCGAACCCAAUGAUGGUGUUGUGGAUAUCGAAAUACCUCCAGAAUUUUUGAUCUCUAAUUUUAACGAUCUAAUUAAAGCUAUUGUGUUAAGCACAUAUCUUGAUCUAUUGGAGAAUUAUAGAAAUGAUAAUUUCCUGCAGAGCAGAGCUAUACUGGCCAGUAGAAUAGAAACAGUAGAAGAAAUCAACAAAUACAUAUUAUCUUUAAUUCCAGGACAAGAACAAGAAUACCUAAGUGCAGAUACAAUUGAUAAGACAGAUAAUCCAAUAAACGAUGAAUAUGAUGUUCUUACUCCAGAAUUCCUCAAUUCAUUAACUACAUCAGGCUUACCAAGUCAUCAAAUAACCCUCAAAAUCGGAGCUCCUAUAAUGUUGCUAAGAAACUUGGAUCAAUCAGAGGGGUUGUGCAACGGAACCAGAUUAAUUAUUACAAGGUUGCAAAAACAUGUAAUAGCAGCAAAGAUUCUUAGUGGAAACAGAAAGGGUAACGAAGUUUACAUUCCACACAGAGCAGAUAUGAGAACUAAUGUGAAACUCCAUGUCCAUUAUCUAAUGACUUUGAAGUUUACAGUUUCAGAUACAAAAAAAAGGAUGAUACCUGAUAAAAGGAACAACUGCAGCAUUGUAUGA